AACAGUCCGUCAGUUGCGCUGUUGCAGAGCGGAUUUUCAGACAGGACCGGCGGAAGAAAAAGCAAGAGGAGGAGGAAGCGAGAGAGAGAGAGAGAGAGAGCGAAUGGGGGAGAGGGAGAAGAGAAUGUGACAACUGCUGGAUGCGGACAGAGUGUGUGCGGCGGCUACACUGCCUUUGGGGAGGCCUCGGCUCUUGCACCUGUCCCUCUCCGUCUCCGCGACCAGCAGGCGCAGUUUUGGGCGACGCUCCUUUAUUUAUCAGGCGGAGGCGCACAGCGGCGGAGGCGCACACACACACAUAUCCACACACACACUCACACACACUCACACACACACACACACACACACACUCACACACACACACACACACACACACACACACACACACACACACUCACACACACUCAGCUCUGGACGCAGGCAACAUGACUUCAUCCUACAAUCUGGAUUUUCUGCCCGAUAUGAUUGUGGAGAGCCGCCUGCUCGUUCCCGGAGACAGAAUUAACGGCACGGCCGGAAAGAUGAACGGGGCGCUGGAGCAUUCGGACCAGCCAGACCCGGAUGCCAUCAAGAUGUUUGUGGGUCAAAUCCCACGCUCCUGGUCGGAGAAGGAGCUGAAGGAGCUGUUUGAGCCAUACGGCGCCGUCUACCAGAUCAACAUCCUCCGAGACCGCAGCCAGAAUCCUCCACAGAGCAAAGGCUGCUGUUUUGUCACAUUUUACACAAGGAAAGCUGCCCUUGAAGCCCAGAAUGCACUGCAUAACAUAAAGACCUUAACAGGGAUGCACCACCCGAUUCAGAUGAAACCUGCAGACAGCGAGAAAUCUAAUGCGGUGGAAGAUAGGAAGCUGUUCAUUGGCAUGGUGUCGAAGAAGUGCAACGAGAACGACAUCCGGGUCAUGUUCUCUGCGUUCGGACAGAUCGAGGAGUGCCGGAUCCUCCGAGGGCCCGACGGGCUCAGCAGAGGCUGUGCGUUUGUCACGUUUUCCACCAGAGCUAUGGCACAGAAUGCAAUCAAAGCCAUGCACCAGUCUCAGACUAUGGAGGGCUGCUCGUCUCCCAUCGUGGUGAAGUUCGCCGACACGCAGAAGGACAAGGAGCAGCGGCGUCUGCAGCAGCAGCUGGCGCAGCAGAUGCAGCAGCUGAACAGCGCCACCACCUGGGGGAGUCUGACGGGGCUGGGCGGCCUCACCCCUCAGUAUCUGGCUUUGCUUCAGCAGGCAACCUCCUCCGGUAACCUGGGAGCCUUCAGCGGGAUCCAGCAGAUGGCCGGUAUGAGUGCUCUGCAGUUGCAGAACCUGGCCACUUUAGCGGCAGCGGCGGCGGCAGCCCAAAACUCGGCCAGCCCCUCCACCGCAAACCCCCUGUCCUCCAACGCCGCCUCCCUGGGAGCGUUGGCCAGCCCAGCAGCAGGCACCACGGCCAGCUCCAACGCCGGCGCCAUGAACUCUCUGACCUCUCUGGGCACCCUGCAGGGCCUGGCGGGCGCCACCGUGGGCCUGAACAACAUUAAUGCACUAGCAGGUAGCGUCAACAUUGCUCAAAUGCUCUCAGGUAUGGCGGCUCUAAACGGAGGCCUGGGCGGCGCAGGGCUUACCAACGGGACGGCGGGCACCAUGGACGCGCUGACGCAGGCUUACUCAGGGAUCCAGCAGUAUGCCGCCGCAGCGCUGCCCACCCUCUACAGCCAGUCCCUGCUGCAGCAGCAAGGGGCCGCCGGCAGCCAGAAAGAGGGUCCCGAAGGUGCCAACCUGUUCAUCUACCACCUGCCCCAGGAGUUCGGAGACCAGGACAUACUGCAGAUGUUCAUGCCUUUCGGAAAUGUGGUCUCUGCCAAAGUCUUCAUCGACAAACAGACAAACCUUAGCAAGUGCUUCGGCUUCGUCAGCUACGACAAUCCAGUGUCGGCACAGGCAGCCAUCCAGGCCAUGAACGGCUUCCAGAUCGGCAUGAAGCGGCUGAAGGUGCAGCUGAAGCGCUCCAAGAACGACAGCAAACCGUACUGAUCUUAGCACUAGGGUCUAUCUGCUCCCCAUGUUAGCACUGCUAGGAACAACCCAUCCUCCAUGCCUGUUAGCUCAUCGUUUGCCUAGCAUGUCUCCGUGGCGUCCAAAACAAACAAAAAACAACUUUUACGAAAACAAACACACACGAAAAAAACAUUUAUCCCCACCCAAAAAAAAAACAAACAAAAAAAAUAUCAAAGUGUCAUCGUCGUCCUCCUUCCCCGUCAUUGUUUUUUCUGAUGUCUUUUCCGAGCUCACCUGAUCAUAACCUGGUUCUCCUCCUCCUCCUCCUCGCUACCGCCUACUGAACUUUUGAAAACUUUUUAGCUUUUUUUGGACUUUGAUUUUUAUGGUUAUUACUUUUGUUGUCUUUCUUGUUUAUUUUUGUUUAUUUUUGUUGUUGUUCUUUUGCAUGUGACCUCAUUUGGAUCUGGGAGGGUUUCAGGGGAGAAGAAGAUUUAAAAAAGGGGAGGUUCAGAAAAAAAAAAGAAUCAAUGUGAAAAAGAUACAAAGCUGCAUUCAUUAUGAACACAAAAAAAGACUGAGAUUUUUAUGGAAUAACAAAAAUGUUCUGUUUUUUUCUGUUUUGGAGAAAAAACAACAACCUGUGGCAAAGUGAUUUCCAUUAAGUAUGUUUUCUUGCAUAUUUUUCUUUUUUUUCCUUUAUAUGUCAGUUUUUUUUGUUUUUGUUCUUCAUUUAAAGUAAACUUGAAAGUUCACUACAGGAAUUGGCGCGCCAUCUUGCUUCUGGUGCCGAAAACAACACCACCACCACAAUGAAAAAAAAAAAAGAAAAACCAACAAAAAAAAAACAAACGACAAAAAGCAGGGCCAGAAGCAGUCCGCGCCAGUUUCUCUGAGAAAUAAGACUACUUCCAAACAGUUUUGAAUAAAAACUGUCUGAUCAAUAUUAGACUCUCUCAGAGCUCUCUAAUGGUUUUUACAUUUUUCAGGCAGUGUAAAGUUUUUUGAUAAGGCCAUUUUAAGUGGCUCUGUUUCUCAUUCAAAGUCUAUAUAUAGAACCACUUUUUUCUAGAGUAGUUUAAAGGUAAAAAUAAAAAAAGACAUUUGCCCUGUUUGGGGGGGAGAAAUGCUACCUACUUGUGUCACCUUUUGCUGAACUGACUCACAGAUAGACAAUCCGUGGUUUAAAUGCACAUGAUGAAAUGACCUAUAUUUUCUACUGUUUAAAUGUAUAGAGGAAAAAAAAAACAAACUAAGAUUACCUGUAACCCGCGUUAACGUCGGUGCUUCUCGUGAGUUUAGUUGUGGUUUCAUCACAAGUCUAAUGGUCUUAAAUGUCUCAUGUUUUUCAAGAGAAGACUAAAAAAUCAGUUUACUUGAACAAUAGACAAAGCCUUUCAUAUUACUAUAAUAGUUUUUCUCUUUUUUUUUAAAUUUUCCUUCUUUUUUUAAGGAGUCCCUAUUUGCUAAAUUUCUUGUUGGUUAAUUAGCUAUAUAAAAUUCCUAAAAAUAUAUAUAAAUAUAAAUAUAUCUAUAUAUAUAUAAUGUCAGCUUGUGAAGCAUCAAUGUCAUUAUUAUUUUAUUUCUCUCGUGGGAAACAAUAUUUAGAUGUGUUUUGUUGUUCGGCAAAAAUGUCUUAUAAAGAAAAAAAGACAAGAUCAGUGGAGUUUAGUGCCAAAUUCUGAAGGUACUUGCUGCCUAGCGCGUCAGUGUAUUUCUUGUGAAAUUAUUUGAUAACAUGGGUAUUUUAUUAUAAGUGUUUUGUAUGGAUCCCUCAUAUUUAAAGUAUAGAUUUAAAAAAGAGUUUGUUAACUUGCUAUUCUGUGGUCUUGUUGCCUGAAAAUGUCAUGUUUGCUUUUUUCUUUGUAAAGAUGUAAGGACAAAAAAAUCGACAAAAAAAGUGCCCAUGUGUCAUAUAUAUAUAUAUAUCUACACAAACACACACGCAAACACACACAUAUAUGCAUCACGUCAACACACACUCUCGUGCAGACCUCACAGUUUACUUUGUUAUUGUGCAUGAGAGCCCCUGAGCGCGAACGCUUCUUCAGCAAACCGCUAGCGCCCGCCAGCGUGCACGCUAACACUUUAAAAAAAACACAGUCGCGCACUGAUAUUUUUAGCCAUUGUACAGCCGUUUCACUCAUCAAAGCCUUAUCACAAAUCUUUGCACUCCUGUUCUCUCUCUAUUAGCAUCCGUCAGGCUUGUAUUGUUUUUAUUUCUCGUCCCGCCGAAGACGAAGAAGACGAGCCUUAUUUCUCUCCACAUUUCUGAGUCCGUUUUUUGUCUGACGGCGAGGAUCGUUUUGUGUUAUCACACCUCAAGACGAGUGCUUUCAUGAUGUAAGCACAAGGCAAGACUCGCUCAUUCACAAACCAGCCUCGGUCUUUUGAGGAAAAAGCACACCGCCGCCGCCGUUAGAGGAGGAAAGACAAAAAGGCGGGAAAGUCCGACGCAAGUUCCCGCUCUUUUUUCCCCUCCUUCCUCCAUGUGUAAGUCUCGUGGUGCAAUGGGCCAAAAUCAUGUUUUUUAGAUGCCAAAGUGUGUUCAAGACAUUCUCAUAGUCGAGCCGUUUACAUGGCACAGUUGUCGGUGUCGAGUCUAUUCUAACUGCCCCCCGUUCCCUCUCCCUGAAGUUUACGGUCUGCAAAAAAUAGAAAAAAGUUUAUAAAAAAAUAAAGGCAGCAUUAUUUUCUACAGAAGCUCACCAAUCGCCUUAACCAGGGAGCGUCGUAAACCAGUAUUAUACAAGAGUAGAAGACGUUGUCGAGUCCAAGUGAUGUGUGCCAAGUCUGUCGUCGAAGAAAAAAAAAAAAGUCUGGCUCUUCCUUCUUCCCGCCAAACCAAGCCGAGAAAAGAGAAAUGUGUGGUUGUUGUCUCCCAGGCUAACGGGGGUUAUUAGAUACCGGGCCGUGUGCAGAAACGUCUUAUUGGAAUAGCGACGGGGGAAAUAAAGCAGAGAGGAAAGGGUCAUGUCGGCAGGAAGCAAAACAACAAGCCGCAGCCUGAGACGAAGGCGAUGCAGCUUUCAUUAUCCUCUCUCUCGGAAAAAAACAGACCAAACUUUAUCUGAUCUCAUGGAAGGGAGACGAGCAGACUUUUUUCUUUGUAUUUUUAAUUUUUUUCCCCUCCUAAAUGCAGUACACACAUGCCACAAAACAGCCAUAAACUACCUGUACGAAACCGGUUUUAUUUUUUUUCUGUAGGUUCGAAGAAAGUAUUCAAUUACAAAUUUUUAGUUUCAAUUUUGUAAAAUGUCGACACAUUCUGCGCUUAACUGAGGGGCUUAGAAGCAGAGUGGUCUAACCCACAACUGAGUUUUGUCAUUUCUGUCAUGUUUUAUGACCUAGAUUUUACUGGCAAAGUGUCACAACCCAAAUAUAGUGUUAUAGUCGCACUUCUAUUGUUACACCAUUGUUGAAAAAAGCAAAAACUACAGAAAGUGGGUUAGACCAUUCUGCUUCCGAACCCUUCGACUGUCCUGGAAACUUUCCGGGGUCAUGAAAAAUUGCCAAAAUCUCCACCCCGACGUUUUGCACAGUCCAGGGCCUUUUGUUUUGUUCUUCUGUGGGUUCGAAGAAAGUAUUUGAUUACAUAUUUCCAUUUUUAAAUUGGCAAAAUGCCGACACAUUCUGCGCUUAACUUAGGGGCUUAGAAGCAGAGUGGUCUAAUCCACCACCAAAACAAAAUCUGAACUCGAGUUUUAUGUAAGUCCUGUAAUAUUUUAUGACCUAGAGUUUAGUGGCAAAGUGGUCAAAAUCUAAAUAUAGCGUUACGGUGGUGCCUCGAAUGUUAGACCAUUCUUGAAAAACACAAAAAUCUGCAGAAAGUGGGAUAGACUACUCUGUUUCCAGACCCUUUGAGUGUCUUAGAAACUUUUCGUGGUCGUGAAAAUUUGCCAAAAGCUCCAAACCGAUGUUCUGCACAGUCUGGCGUCGUCGUUUUUUUAAAAUUUGUUUUUCUGCAGGUUCGAAGAAAGUAUUCGAUUGCACAUUUUCAUUUUUAAUUUCACAAAAUGCUGACACAUUCUGCACUUCACUGAGGGGCUUAGAAGCAGAGUGGUCUAACCCACCACCAAAAAUAAAAUUCAAACCCGAGUUUUGUGUAAUUCCUGUAAUAGUAUAUGGUCUAGAUUUUAACGGCAAAGUGGUCACAACCCAAAUGUAGCGUUAUGAUGGCACCUUGAAUGUUAGACCAUUCUUGAAAAACACAAAAAUCUACAGAAAGUGGGAUAGACCACUCUGUUUCCAGACCCUUUGACUGUCCUGGAAACUUUUCGUGCUCUUAAAAAAAUGCCAAAAUCUCCACCUUGACGUUUGCACAGUCCAGCGUCGCUUUAUUUUUGUUUUAUUUUCAAUGUUGAAGCACAAAUCGGGCCGGGUUUUUCCGUGGAAGCGGCUCGCUUCAGGGGCUGUCAUCGCCGAUGCUCGUUGUAAUCUUUCUAUCUGUCACUGUUUCACUUCUCUGUUCUCCUUCUUUCUUAAUUAUCUUAAGUGCUAUUUAUCAAACAAAUGAAAUCUUGAAAGGAAAAAAACAAAAAAAAAACAAACUUGUUGUUUCUUUGCAUUAUGGCUUAUGUCAAAAGUUUUUUGAGGAAAAAUGUUUUGUGUGUUCUCUCUUUCCGUGGCGUAAAAAAAGAAGCUUGUUGUCUGUAGAAAUUAUCCGAUUUCGAUGAUUUUUUUGCUGUUGUUUUUUCUUUAUUUCUUUUAAUUCUCAAAAAAAGGUUUUCAAAGUAGUUUCAAAGUUAUUGUCUUGAGAGAAGCCAAAGUCAAUGCAUUUCAGUGGAUCCUGUAAGCGUGAUGUAUGUUUGUUUGACAACACUUCGAAAAUCUGUCACUGGAUGGGAUUUAAAAAGUACAAAAAAUGCAGGCUUUCCUAUUUCUACAACUGAUUGUACUUAUGCAUUUUGUACCAGUGGAAUUUUUUAUACUGGAGAUUAAAGGAUACAUCAAAAAAAAAAGAAAAAAAAAUCUUAGAAAAAAAAACGCUGUCUGGCCUGGUGGUGUGGCCUGACCCUGACUGGUCCCCGAGUAUGAUUUCUAGCUGGCAUCAAGGAAGUUGGCUUUUGAUAAUAAGAUUUUCUAGAAGAUCUUUGGCUUUAUUUCUUUCACUUCUUUUUCCUCACUUGAGUGUUGUUCUUUCUUUCUAUCUUUCUUUUUCAUUCUUUCUUUUUUAUUUUCCUGAAAAACAAGAGGUUUAGGUGAGUGUCGGACCUUUUCUUUUUCAUUUUUUAAAUUUUUGUUUUGCUUUAUAAAUAUAGUUCUAGCAAGUUUGUCUAUACAACAGCGGUAAGUUUCAUUUGACUUCUGUAUUGUGCCGUCUCCACGAUAAGACAAUUAUAGAAAAAGAAGGAAUAGAAAUAUUUAGUCACCUUCAGUGGAUUAAUGUAUUAGUUUAAUAAAGAGAUCAACUAAUUAGAACUUUUUUGCUUUUAGCUGUUUAGAUUUUUCCGGUUUCUCUGUCCUUCUCUGUGAACUAACUGUGUAGCUGAAGCAGUCAGAAUUAUUUUUGUAAACGUAUGUUCUUGUGUGAUGCAGUUUUUUGCUUCUGUCUCCUAUAUUAAACCAUUUUUCCUAAUA